GCAACUCUCGUCACGAUGAGUUACAGAAUGAAGGCCGACGGGGCGUGCUGCAAGGGGAGACAAGGCAUCAUAGGAAGCUUCCUUCUCUGGCCGUCAGUCUCCCGCCAGCACUUCUGCAGGGAACACUCAACGCCCUCCUCGUCACCCUCACUCCAGUUCGUCGUCACUAUGGCCGAAAACGCGGUGACAGAACAGAACGGGAAGGACGUCGACACACCCGAUAACACAGUGACGCCACACAGCCUGGUGACUGAAGAUCACGUGCAAGCGGCGCUUGUUGCGGACAAGGGCGCCGCAGCGCGCCUCAUCUCCUACAGGGUUGUGGAUUUCACCAAGAAAGGCGACAACUACGCGUGUGUGGUGAGCAGCGUCGAGGUUAAGUACGAGCUGGACGACCAGAGCUGCGAGGUGGUCUACGUGGUGAAGCUCAACCCCUGUAGGAACUUUGAGUCCAUGAAAGAAUUCAUUUCUAAAUUGUUUGAAAAAGAAGCUAAGUUCUACUUGAACUUGGUGCCGGAUAUGAAUUCCAUCCUCAGAGAAAUUGGCGAAAAAACACUCAAGUUUCCAAGAUGUUUUUACGCCAGUUUAGAGGACAAGAAAGAAAUAAUAUUUUUGGAAGAUUUACGGCCACUGGGAUACAAGAUGACUGACAGAAGACAAGGCAUGGACAAAGCUCAUGUCAACCUCGUGUUGAAGGAGCUGGCGAGGCUCCACGCUGCCUCCGUCCUGCUGCAGGCCAAGGCUCCUGAUGAAGACAUCUGUGUUAGAUACCCGUCUUUAGAGAAAGGAUGGAUCGAUUUUUUGAAAAAGGAAUCAAGCUUUAAGCUUAUUUUCGAGAGCGGCAUGAAGAACAGUAAGGAAUUACUCCUCCAACUCGGGGGUUACGAGAGAGCCACAGCUUGGAUUGAUAGCCUUCUUCCUAACUUUGUCGAUAUCUUACAGGAGCAGGCGAAGGAUAGCAAGUUCAAGGUGGUGUGCCAUGGGGACUCCUGGAACAAUAACUUGCUUUUCAGAUAUAGCGAGGAUGGUCACCCAGUGGACACCAUGUUACUCGACCUCCAACUCUCUGGCUACUCUUCCCCAUGCACAGACCUUAACUACCUCAUGUACACGAGCAUGACAGGGGAAGUCAGGAGGCCAGACCUUGAUGGCUUUCUCUCUAGGUAUUACGACAGCUUUUGCAGCGUGCUGGAAGCGGGCAACCAUGAGGUUCCCUUCACGCGAGCCGAGCUGCAACAAGAUUUUAAGACGAGAAACGUCCAUGGUGCUAUAUUCGCCAUGGUCCUUCUGCCUUUUGUUAUUAUGGAACCUGACGAUGUGAUGGACUUAGAAAACGGCACUGACGAAGACCUCGAUAAUAUGAUAGAUGAGAUGAAACAGAAGUCGAAGAAUCAGUGGGAAAGUAAUUCUUUGCUGCGUCCAAGGUUUCUGGCUAUGUUCGACGAGUUGAUGGAGGCUGGGGUGAUUCCCUGAGCAUCACCGCAUCGCCUCCUCAUGUGUAUAUGUAGGUGUCGGUGGUGGGGCGCUGUAGAACAACAACAACAACAACAACAAUAACAACAACGAGGAGAAGGAAUACAUACGAAGAACAAAUACCAGGAGAGUUGUUGAUCCAUAACGAGGGUACCCGCUGAUGUGUUGUUAUUUGUUAGCUACGUGUGGGUUAGCAAUAGAAGAGCAAGACUUAUCCAUCUCUGCUCCCCAGCAAAGAGCCUGAGGAGGGCAAAAAGAGGAGGAGGCAUAUACUAAAAACUGCGAUCUCUCUCUCUCUCUCUCUCUCUCUCUCUCUCUCUCUCUCUCUCUCUCUCUCUCUCUCUCUCUCUCUCU